AUCACUCCCUUGCUUCCCGCCUGCCGUCCUUCCUUCGUUUUAACAAUCCAAGUCGCUCACUUCACCCCCGCCCCGUCGCCCGCCGUCGCCAUGGCCGCGAACGAGUACUACAACACCGGCUAUGCAAGUCAGCAACCGUCCUGGAACCAUGGACAAAGCCCGAGUUCCGCCCAACCUUAUGCCAACACUUACGGCCCACAGCAGAGUCAGUAUGAUAUGAAUUCAGACCAUGAUCUUUCAGGUGGUGGGGGAAAAUACAAUUCCAACGAUUACGCAGAUGAUAUCCCGCUGAAACCGAACGCUGCUUCGCAGCCCGGAAGGCCUGAGUGGUCGGACGUCGAGACUCAUUAUUCACCUGCUCAGUACGCGAACGCCUCUCCUGUACCAGAUGCCCCGAUCGGCGAUCCAAAGCGCAGAAGACGGAGUCGCUUUAAAAAGAUACCAUGGGUUGUCUACAUCACUUCCAUCAUUCAAGUCGCCGUCUUCAUCGCAGAGAUCGCGAAAUAUGCUCAACUUACCGGAUCUCCCAUCAUGAUUCGCCCGCAGUUUAACCCCAUGAUCGGACCUUCGCCGUAUGUCCAGAUAAAUAUGGGUGCGAGAUUCGUGGCCUGCAUGCGGAAUGUGAAAGGCGUUCAGGAUGCUACAGAGCCGAUAAACUGGCCCUGCCCCCAAUCUACAAGUUCCGAUCCGGAGAGCCCAGACAACAAGUGUACGCUCUCUGAACUCUGUGGACUUGGGGGUGUGCCAAACCCAAGAACUGGCGGGUCUAUCGACGACAAGGACGAACCCAAUCAGUGGUUUCGAUUUAUUAUCCCGAUAUUCCUUCACGCCGGUCUUAUUCACAUCGGCGUCAAUCUCCUGGCGCAGUUGGUUAUCGGAGCAGAUAUGGAAAGGAGUAUCGGCUGGUGGAGGUUCGCCAUUAUCUAUUACGCUAGUGGGAUAUUCGGCUUCGUGUUUGGUGGUAAUUUCGCUGCGCCCGGCAUCGCCUCAACUGGAGCGUCAGGUUCCCUGUUUGGGAUCCUGGCAUUAUGCGUUCUGGACCUCCUUUACAAGUGGAAUAGCAUCAGGAGGCCGAUGACGUAUCUUUUGAUGAUGAUUCUUGCCGUGGCUAUCUCCUUCGUUUUGGGAUUACUGCCAGGUUUGGACAACUUCUCCCAUAUCGGCGGAUUCCUAAUGGGCUUGGCGCUUGGUAUUUGUUUGAUGCGCUCUCCUGAUACCUUACGCGAACGAAUUGGUUCCACCACACCGUAUAUGUCUGUGGACGGAUCUCCGGCUGAGAGCGCCAAGAAAUUUAUCAAAGAACCAGUUGGCUUUUUCAAAGGCCGCAAGCCCCUCUGGUGGGCAUGGUGGCUCUUGCGAGCCGGUGCUCUGGUCGGCAUCCUGAUUGCCUUCAUCCUCCUUCUCAACAACUUCUACAAAUACCGGUCAGAGUGCUCUUGGUGCAAGUAUCUUUCAUGCCUGCCGAUCAAGAAUUGGUGUGACGUGGGGAACAUUGGAACCACAACCACAAGCCCUAACAAUCGUCGUGGCUUACUUGUGUCUGCGUAA